GUUGUUUUACACUUUCCCUUUCUGUCUCACUCUCAAACAUACCACACUCUCCUCCCUCACUCCUUUUCACGCAAAAUGCACGUUUCUCUUUCUCUGUUCUUCCAUCACUUUUAAUCUCUCUGUCUCUCUCUCUCUCAGUGUGUGUAGAAAGUAGAAACAACCACAAUCACAAUGCCUGUUUUGGUUUCUCGUAGCUUAGCCUUGACGCUAUCGUAGUAUGUCUAUAUGGGAUUUAAUGAAUGUGUGUGUUGGGUGAGCUAAAACAGAACCUGAAAUUUCAGAGGCAUAAUACAUUUUUUAGUCUAAGCUGUUCAGCUUCUAAUAUUUGAUUUCUAGGUCUUCAUAGCUCUCAAUUGAGGUAUUCCAAUCUGUUACAGCUACUGAUUACUCGAGGUGGUGUUUUUAUUUGGUCUUGCAUGUACAUUUUGUGGUCUGGGUCUCGCCCAUUUGGAGCAUUCUAGCAUUCUAAACCUGUUUUCUUUUCACAUGGGUUUGAGUCAUUUUGGGUUCUCCUAAUUAAGGGUAGGUCUGCUCUAAUGGGUGUUGUUGAAUUUUGAUUGUUUGAACGGUUUUUCUUUCCGGGUGGGAUUUGUUUUUGGUGGGUUUUGAUUGUUAGUGUUAUUUGGUGCAUUUUGAUGUUCUUGGGUUUGGAGGAAUGUGCUAAACCAGCUUUGAGUGGUGGAAUGUGAUACUUCUGAGAGAUGGGAGUUAGCUUAGGGAUUUUUUGAGAGAUGGGAUUAGGUCCUGAUGCUAUUGGGGCUGGGGCUUGGGACGUUGAAAAAUCAAAGGGAAGGAAGAAGAAAGAUGGAGAAGCUGAGGGGACAGGAUGUUGGAUUAAGUUUAGGUUCAUUGGGAGCUGCAUGUCUUCAAGGUCCAAUGUGGAUAGCUCUAUAAGUGGUUCUAGCACGCAAUACGGUGAAAGUAAAUCUACAAAUGAUUCCAGCCGAGACCAGCCAGUUGCUCCAGUUGUGUCAUCUUCAACAACUAGCAAUGCAGAAAGUAUUCCAUCCACUCCCAACAUAAGUGAAGAAUUGAAAGUUGCUUCUCAACUUCGAAAGUUCACUUUUAAUGAGCUUAAGUCAGCAACGAGGAGUUUUAGACCUGAGAGUCUUCUUGGAGAGGGUGGGUUUGGUUGUGUAUUCAAGGGUUGGAUCAAUGAAAAUGGGACUGCCCCAAUGAAACCUGGAACAGGGCUUACAGUUGCAGUAAAGACCCUCAACCACGAUGGACUUCAAGGUCAUAAAGAAUGGCUGGCUGAAGUUAAUUAUCUUGGUGACCUCCUCAACCCUAAUUUGGUUAAAUUAAUUGGUUAUUGCAUUGAGGAUGAUCAGAGGUUACUUGUCUAUGAGUUUAUGCCUCGAGGAAGCCUGGAGAAUCACCUCUUUAGAAGGCCUCUGCCUCUUCCUUGGUCCACCAGAAUGAAAAUUGCACUUGGUGCUGCAAAGGGUCUUGCCUUUCUUCACGAGGAAGCUGAAAAGCCAGUUAUAUAUCGAGAUUUUAAAACAUCUAAUAUCCUGUUAGAUGCGGAUUACAAUGCAAAGCUUUCUGAUUUUGGACUUGCCAAAGAUGGUCCAGAGGGAGAUAAAACUCAUGUAUCUACCCGAGUGAUGGGAACUUAUGGUUAUGCAGCCCCAGAGUAUGUGAUGACAGGGCAUCUUACAUCAAAGAGUGAUGUCUACAGCUUUGGAGUGGUUUUGCUUGAAAUGUUGACCGGCCGAAGAUCCAUGGACAAAAACCAACCAAAUGGGGAGCAUAACUUGGUCGAAUGGGCACGGCCACAUCUUGCAGAGAGGCGAAGGUUCUAUCGACUUCUAGAUCCUCGGCUUGAAGGUCGUUUCUCAAUCAAAGGCGCUCAGAAAGCACUUCAGUUAGCUGCCCACUGCCUUAGCCGCGACCCUAAAGCCAGACCUCUGAUGAGUGAAGUCGUUGAAGCACUAAAGCCUCUGCCCAACCUCAAGGACAUGGCUUGUUCUUCAUCCUACUUUCAGGCUAUGCAAUCUGAGCGUAUGGGGUCAUACCCAAAUGCUAGAAAUGGCAUUAGAAUUCAGACGGGUUUAUCAAGGAAUAGACAACCAACCAGGAGCCUCUCCAUACCAAAUGCUCUGCAUGCUUCUCCGUAUCACCAUAACCAUCUUUACCGGUCUCCCAAACCUAGUGUUUGAAAACCGUUCCAUUGAGCACUGUGUUAUCUCUUUGAUACCCAUUUUGUAUCCGUUUCCUAUAUAUGUCAUCAUUUAAGAGAUGUAGUAAUCUUGGCAAUCAAAAGAAAUUUGUGGCGGGUUUGAUAGGUGACAGUUUGGCUUUGUCAUCACUUUUGGAUUUAAUCAGAGGAGUACUUCCCAGCCUUGGGCUUUUUUAUUGUCUA